AUGUCGUCUGGCGAAGAAAACUCUUCAGACAGUCCUACUAUGGAGUUUAGCAUUGAGGAAUCAAAGCCGAAUAUACAGCAUGCUGUUACCGCUCCAUUAGCAUCAAACAUCUCUGCAAACCCCCUGCUUCACCUACUACCACAGCCACCUUCUACCAUUGCUUCACCACCAUUGCCACUUUCUAUCGUUACUCGACCACCAGCACCACCCAGAUUUUCUAAUAACCACGAUGACGAUCGUUAUUUCAAGAGUUUCCCACCUGGAUAUAGAUUUAGUCCUCAUGAUGAUGAGCUGGUGUUGCAUUACUUGUCCAAGAAAGUGAGAGGACUGCCAUUGCCUAGGAACAGGAUUGUCGAUGUCACUCUCUAUCAACACGAUCCCGAGUUUCUUGCAGAUAGAUACAAGCAUUACGGUGAAAAAGUAUGGUAUUUCUUCACACCAAGGGACAGAAAGUACAAGAACGGAACUAGGCCAAAUCGAGCGGCCGGUGAUGGAUACUGGAAAGCCACUGGAGCUGAUAAGCGUAUUACAUAUGAUAAGGCUGUGGUUGGAGCUGAUAGGAAUGUCACUGUAGAAAAAGUUCUGGUUGGAUUUAGAAAGGCACUUGUUUAUUAUACUGGAAAGGCACCAAGGGGUGACAAAACCAACUGGAUAAUGCAUGAGUUUACAGUGAAUGAUCCACCUCCUCAAGUCAGAAAUCAUCGAGAUGACAUGAGGCUGGAUGACUGGGUUCUCUGCAGGAUUUACAAGAAACAUGAGAAGCGUACUAUUGUUAAUAGUAAUGUCAGAAAUCGACAAAGAAACGAGGACGAUUCUGCGGGGUCAAUUGAUGACAUUGAUGAAGAUUACGUAAACGGUCAUGAUCAUAAUACAAAUGAUCAUCUGGCUGGUAUGGAGGCUGACUAUGCUGGGGAGAUCUACGACAUUGGGACUGGUUCUUUAGACAAUUCAUUCGCAACGUUGGAAGAUUUAAGCCCACAGCAGAAUGCUCUAAGCGGAUUCUCAGAUCCUAUCAACUUUUAUCAUGCUCCUGCUGACUAUUGCAUGAUGUUGCAUGAUACACAGUUCCCCAGUUUGCCUGAGACAAUUGGAAGUUCUGCCCCAAUGUUCUCCAUUAUUAAUCCUGACAAUUGGUCAUUCAGGCAAAACGAAUACCAAGAUGAAUUUCUGAAUACUACAAACUGGUCUCACAGUAACAUUGCUGACCAAUUUCUUGAUCCCUAUUCCGUCAGGUCAAUUAAUCUUCCCAGAAAUCCUGCUCCUCUCGUCAAUCUUCGUCCCGCAAAUACAGUUCCUCUUAAUGGAAGCCUUCCUCCCAUAAAUAUUGCUCUUCCUAAUGGAAGCUUUCCUCCUACAAAUACUGUUCGUCUUAAUCGUAGCUUUCCUCCCAUCAAUACUGUUCUUACCAGCCGCCUUUCUCCCACAAAUCCUGCAAAUAGUCAACCAAUGUCAUCAAUACCUUCCACAAAUCCUGCAAAUAAUCAGCCAAUGUCAGCGAUGAAUGUUGAGGCCAAACUACAUAGACAGCCACCUCAGCAUCUAUGA